GUGACAGGACUGUUUCUGGUGUCCGUUCACGUUCAGUAGGAUGAGGAUUGUGUUCAGUUCCUGAGCUGUGCUGGUGGCUUGUCAGCUGGAGAGCAACGAGGUGGCGCUGGAUUUCCUGGAUAGCGGAGCUGCUCCAAUGUUAUCUGACGAGCUGCAGCCUAAACCGGAGCUGCUGGUGGAGUUUGUACAGAAUGCUUCCAUUCCUCUGGGCGAAAGUCUGUCCCUCCUGCCCGGGGCCCCAGAAUGUGGCCCCCUCCUCCUUCCAGAUGCCCCUGUGGUGCAGAGGAUGCCAUGUAAGGUGCCCAUCCCAGCACUUCUCAACAGUCUUCAGGUGGAUCUUGACCCAGGUUCAGAUACCAGAGAUGAUAAGAGUGGCGCUCUUUUAUCACCGUCGGAGCCGUCAUCGUUGCUACAAGAUCUACCAGCCAAUGACAAUUCAUCCUUCAUCCUUCUUAAUCUUGCCAGAUCAGGACUCGGGUCCCCGUCAGAACAUUUAGUGUUUGUUCACGAUGAAGCGGAAGAAUCUGGAAAUGAUUUCCUGUCCAAUGAUUGCACAGACAGCAGUACACCAUGGUUCCUGCGGGUUCAGGAAUUGGCUCAUGAUAGCCUUAUCGCUGCCACUCGGGCACAGCUGGCAAAACAUGCAAAGAAUAGCAAUAAUGUGGAAAUUUCACUGAAUAACUUCCCUGAAGCUGAACCAAAAGCUUCUGCAUCAGAGAAACGUCUGCACUGCUCAUACCAGGGCUGUGACCGUGUCUUUGUGUGGCCAACGCACCUGAAAUACCACCUGAAAACACACAGGAAUGACCGCUCCUUUACAUGCCCAGCAGAGGGCUGCGGGAAGAGUUUUUAUGUUCUUCAGAGGUUGAAAGUCCACAUGCGCACUCAUAAUGGUGAACGACCAUUCCUGUGUCCGGAGACUGGCUGCGGCAAACAGUUCACAACAGCCGGAAACCUGAAGAACCAUCUUCGCAUUCACACUGGAGAAAAGCCUUUUGUGUGUGAGAUGGAAGGGUGCAGCCGGUCAUUUGCCGAGUAUUCCAGCCUGCGCAAACAUCAGGUUGUCCAUUCCGGUGUGAAGUCUCACCAGUGUCCCAUCUGCGGGAAGAGCUUCUCCCAAAGUGGAAGCAGAAAUGCUCAUGUAAAGAAGCAUCACUCUGGAAAGCUGGAAGACAACGACAGAAUGGAGGAGCAUCUCCAGCUGAGCGAAGACACUUUACAGGACUCUCCCCUGCUAUCUGUAUCAUCAGACAGACACUCCUAUGAAGAAGACGUCUCCAUUCUACUUAACUAAAGACACUGACAUCAUUCUGUGUGAUUGGUUCUACUCUAA